CAUCAACGAUCAAUCUCAUAUAAAAGUUGCAAAAGUUGCGCCAGAAAUUGGAGAUGACCAUAGAGAUGUUUUAAGCUUCUGGAAGGCUGGAACCUUAAAUUUGGAUGGUAAAAAAUAAAAUAAAAUAAAAUAAUAAUAAGAAUUUGGCAAAGAAUCCACGCAUCAUCCUCCCUCUCCAAUAUGGACGCAUACCCGCCGGCGAAGAGCUGGAGCAUUCACACGCGCCGGGAAAUAACCAGCAAGUACGAAAUCCACGAGCGCGUGGGCUCUGGCGCGUAUUCUGACGUCUAUAAGGCCCGCCGCCUCUCCGAUUCCCUCAUAGUCGCCCUCAAGGAAAUCCACGACUACCAGUCGGCCUACCGGGAAAUCGAGGCCCUCCAGACGCUGCAAAAGUGCCCCAACGUCAUCGUUUUGCACGAGUACUUCUGGAGCGAGGAUGAGGAUGCAGUGCUCGUCCUCGAGUUUUUACCCGCUGAUUUGGAGGCCGUGAUAAAGGCUGCGAAAAAAGAGUGGGAAAAUGGGUUGACUCCAGGGGAGAUCAAGCGAUGGAUGGUGCAGAUUCUGUGCGGGGUCGAUGCGUGUCACCGGAAUUCGAUCGUUCACAGGGAUUUGAAGCCUUCCAAUUUGCUGAUCUCGGCUGACGGCGUUCUCAAGCUCGCUGAUUUUGGCCAGGCUAGGAUACUUCUGGGAUCUGGAUUUGCUGCUGUUAAUGAUAAUACCCAGUCUUAUCAGCAGUCUCUCCCAAACGAAGCUACUAUAGGUCAAUCACCUGAAGUUGGUCGCUUACUGGACGAUGUUCGUCAAGGAAGCAAAUUAAUUCAAGAGCAAGGAUCUUCAGGCAAAGAAGAAUGCACUGUUGAGCCAGAUGAACUCAGAAUUAGCGACUUCCCGAAUGAAAUUGAUAUAGACACUGUUACUCAUGAUGGAGAUGCAUCGAAUAUUGCUACAUGCACCACGAGUGAUAGAGAAGAAGUUCCUUCCCGACAUUCCUUUUGUUACGAGGCUGAGGCUGGAGACAAUGGGGAUGGUUCCCUUACCUCCUGUGUUGGAACUCGAUGGUUCAAAGCUCCCGAGCUGCUUUAUGGUUCUACAAACUACGGGCUGGAGAUUGAUUUGUGGUCACUGGGUUGUAUUUUUGCGGAGCUUUUGAGUCUCAAACCACUUUUUCCUGGCAAUUCAGAUAUUGAUCAGCUGGGCAGAAUUUUUAAUGUGUUGGGGAACUUAUCUGAAAGGGUUUGGCCUGGUUGCACAGAACUCCCUGAUUAUGAAAUCAUUUCAUUUGCUAAAGUAGAAAAUCCGAUUGGUUUGGAAGCAUGUCUGCGUAAAUGUUCUCCCGAUGAAGUUCUUCUUAUCAAAAAACUACUAUGUUUUGACCCAUCUGGCAGAGCUACUGCCAUGGAAUUGCUCCAUGACAAGUAUUUGAAUGAAGAACCUCUACCCAUACCAGUAUCUGAAUUGAGGAUUCCUUCUAAAUGCGGGAGGCAAGACGAGGAUUCUGAUAACGAAUGGGGUAACUACAGGGAUAAUGGCUCGGAUUCUGACAUUGAUGGCCAAUUCGACGUUACAACCACAGGGAAUGGUUUUUCAAUUCGGUUUCCUUGAGGUUAAUAAGAAAUUACAUAUCUCCAGGAUGUUGGGUAAAUCUUAUUUUUCUAAUUAUAGUUAUCAUCAACUCCUUAUGAAUUUUGAAAGAAAUGGUUGUGCAACUAUCAGUUUGUGUUGCACAAAUUUAUGUUUGUUAGUAAUAUUUGUGUGAAGAAAUCUUAAGUUUGUACCAAGAAAAGCUUUCUGAAGUGUGAGUUUUAUGAAGGGUUAAUCUGUACGUGACCUCUGAAGAUGUCUUGGCCCACGAACAUUUACUUCUAAUAAGAGCAUUAACUUAUUUAUAGUUAA